AUGCGUGAAGUUAGAUCUUUUUUGAACUUUGUCACCAGCGAUGACGCUUCGAAUAACUAUCAAGGAGUUUUGAUCAUCAUUUGUUUCUUCGUAUUCACUUUCACGCUUGUGAUUUUGAUGCCACUGUACCUUUUCUUCUUUUUUCGAAGGCUUGAUCGUCAAGAAAAGGUAAAUAAACAAAGUUAUAUUCUAAAAGUUGGAUGAAUUUUCAGCAAAUCCAGGAUUCUCUAGUAAAAAACCUCACAACUUCGACAACGAUGACGCAAUUUGGUUUUAUACUCAUUUUUUUAGGAUUACUCAUGGUUUGGACCUUAGGCGACAGGGAGUUGAAAACUAGGUACGGCCGUUUCAUUCAAAUUACUGUUAUGUAUGAGCUUUUAGGGAGCAAAAGAGUAAAAUAGCUUUUAUCUCAUAUUUCCUUUCGUUUGCAACCUUGUAUCAUUUCAUAGCCUUCCCAAUUAUUCCUCUAGGUGUCAAUACUUUAUUGGCAGUACUCACUUUACAACGAUACUGCGUUGUUUGUAUGCAUCCAAGAUUUCACGACUUUGUGAGAGGGUGAGAAAUAUUUCGACAAGGAAGGUCAUUUUAAUUUUCCGUUCACAAUCUCAUGAAAACUGGCUAAACUUUCUUGUUGUACCAGCUUAGGACCCUAAAAAAUCUCAAAAAAAAAAAAUCCCCGGGCAACUUUCAGGAAUUAAACAACCGCAAAUUAAAAGUACCUUUCUUGUCAGCUUUGGCUUAAACAACAGUGAUUUUGAGAAACACUCUGAAGUUCUGUGUGUGGGCCACUUGGACUCUUUGCUUCAUCUAUUUUCUAUUUAUUUGCAGUGAGUGUAUAGUCAAUGCUUCCCGACUUGAAAGGCUAUGGAGGCGGGGCAAUGGGCGGGACGCGUAGCGUGUGCGUCCGCGGUUCUUGGCACGAGUUCAAUUAAAACCGACAGCGACUAUUUGGAAAGCUCGUUUAUCGCUCUUUCCACUUCCAUUAUUUAUUAUUUAUUAAUUUUUUUCAUGUGCGCAUUAAAAAAAUAGUAGAACAUAUAAAGAAAGAGCGGUGACCGAGCUUUUUGAAUAGUCGGUGCGCUUGAAUUGAACUCGUGCCAAGAACCGCGUACGCACACGCUACGCGUCCCGCCCCCUGCCCGCCUCACUCGCCUUUCAAGCCGGGAAACAUUGACUACAAAUGAAACUAUAGAAACUGAAUUCGAACAUUAUUUUUAUUCUCAGAGUCUUGUGACUAUAUGGAGCAGGCACCCACGAUAAGCUGCGCAGACCCCAACCAUUCAUUGAUCGUUUAUGUAAGUUCAUGUUCCAGAUCUUUUUCAAGUCUCGCAGAACUCAAAUACAAUAUUCAUAACUGUCAGAUCCUGGCGAUGACUAUUUUUACAGGCUAUCGCUGUGAUUGAUAAGCUAUCAGCCGUUCUGAGCGUAGUUUUAUAUUAUCUGAUCUACCGGAAAAUUUUGUCUUUAUCUUCCAUGGUUUCCUCGAAUCAUUACAGACCAGAGAAAAGAGUUAUGGCACAAGCGGUUCCGUUCAUCGUCGCAAAAAUCGUAGGAUUUUUUAGUUUCAAUGACUUUGGCUUGAAAAACUGUGCUGUGGCAUCGCAUGCAAAGCGAUCGCGGAGUGUUUUUGGAGCCCAAAAAAAUAAUACUCGCAUUAGUCUAAUUGCCUUACGGGAGUGCUCUUACUUUCGCCGGUUAAAACUGCUGAACCCAUUUCUUUGAAAAUAAUUUUGUGUGAGUUAACUAAUUUCAUCAACACGAAACGUGUAGGAGUUUCACAAAUACGGGAAUUCGUAUUUCUCAAGAGAAAUGAAUUAAACGAGUUAUAUGACAUUUUUAUUUUCAGAUGUUUGUUCUUUGCAUCUUGCCGCCCUGGUUAUUGAACUCGAAAUUUCGAGAAAUUUCUCUCGUCAACGCUUUUUACAUCCUCGACUACCUCCUGAUCCCUACGGUCAUUCCUCUUUCGUUCCUUUCUAGUUUUUAUAGAGAGUUCAAAAGAAAACACAGCGUCAUUGGCUAUCAGCCGAAAACCAAUGCGAUUUGCCGAUAAAGGAAAAAGAAACUGCUCCAUAUUUUUAUUCGAACUUUUUAUUGAGAAAAAUAAAUUUUUCAAGCUGGAUUUUCUACCAGAUAAUGCGUUACUGAUGAUUUUUUUGUUUUCAGGUAAAAGUUUAAAAUAGAAAUCAAGAAGAAGUGUUAAGUAUGUAAAUAGGCGUGAUCAAGUGAAUAGAUCACGUGCAAAGAUUAGACCAAGUAAAAUAAAAAGGAGUCUGAAUGCCUCGAACUAUUCUCAACCGCUCUGAAGUUGCUCCGUGAAGACGGCGACGACGACUAGCAUCUCCACACUGACUACUGAACCAAUACGCUUAGCAUAAUAAAAGAAUGAGUGUCACUCAAUUAAGUCAUUACACACACACACACAGACAAAGAUAUAUAAAAAGAAGAGUUACGGGAAAUCUAGAAAAUACCAGGAUUUCAAAAAACAAAGAAUUUUCUACCAUACUCACUCUGUGAAAUUUCUCCUUCUUUGUGAUCUCCCAGCGCCUCAGCACUCUUCCGUUUUAGUGAGAUACUUCUGGAUUCUCUGAGCACUCCGAUGAGAGAUAGAAAAGAUUAAAUUGACAUUUUCAAGGGUAGAAAAGGAAAAUCAUGGAAAAAGGCUUACAUAUUUUUUCUUUCUCGUUUCUUUGAACCUGAGAUUUCAUUGUAAUAGGUCGAUUUAAAAACCGGCAGAUGUGGUUGAAGACACAGAAGCAAAUUUCCAAGUCCGACUUCUGCUCUCUUCAAGACAACCCAGUAGGCGUUUCUGAAGAAACUACACGUCCGUUCUAAUCCCUUUUAUUUUUUUAGCUAUAAUAAAAAGUUUGCCAGGCGUUCCUGGCAGGUGGUCUUCAACUCACCAGCUGAAUUUUUAUCCGUUCUAGUUUCAAAUUUCCCUACCGCAAUGACCUUCUUUGAAAACCUUAUCAGUCCGAUCACGGACGAAAAUAUUUCUCAAGAAUAUCUUAGUUUAUUGGUCUUUGGUUUUUUUAUAGUUUUGUCUUUCACGAUUGUGAUUCUGAUGCCGCCGUACCUUUACUUCUACUUGAGAAAUCUGGGAAAGAAGGAGAAAGUAAUGUCGAUAAAAACAUUGUAACGAUCCCACAAAUCUUUCAGCAAAUUUAAGAUUACUUGAUCGAAAACUUAACGAUAACAACUACGAUGACGCAGUUCGGCUUUGUUCUAUUAUUAAUUGGCUCUGUAAUGACUUCUGGGGCUUUCUUCAAGAACGACAAGGAUUACCUGUACGAAAAGUUCCAAUCUUUCUUCAUCGAAUAUCGGAAAACGUGCGAAAAAAAAGAUUUAGAAUUCAGGAAAGAUGGGUUUUCUUUAUCAGUUUUGGUUGGUGCAGGUAUUUAUCACUACAUAGCCAUCGCAACUGUUCCUCUAAACGUCAAUAUUUUAUUAACAAUCCUGACCCUGCAAAGAUAUUUCAUAGUUUGUUUGGACAAAAAGUUCAAGCAGUUAUUCAAAGGGUGAUAAUUAAAAAAUAAACUGGGGGAAAAAAAAUGAAAAUUCAGGAAACAUCUAAAGUACUACAUAAUAACGGCUUGGGCUUUAUGUUUUGUUCACUGCGUUUUUCUAAUUUGUAAGUGGGUUAUUAUUUUUUGAAACUUUGAAACUUUGAAACUUUUAUUCAGUCUUCAGAGAAGGUUUCUCUGCUGAAUCAUGGAAUCAUUGAAGAGCUGUUUGUCGGUUCGCGAAACUGUUGUUGAUCAAGCGUAGACGGCGCGUAGAGCCUCUCGUCUCUCUUUUGAUAGUAGUAGACGACUUUCGAGCGCUCCGGCGAUCACUGCUUCUCCAUGUAGGAACAGUACGGCGCCCAGCUUGUCCAGGGCUGGCGGGCGUCGGAUUAUAUCUCAGGCGAGAGCGGAAAAUCGGGUUAUUAUGGUCAACUUCAAAGUGUAACGACCAAGAGCCUUCAAACUGAACAAAGUUUUCAAAAGAUUUGAAAAAAUAUUGAAUAUCUUGACAAAACGUAUAAACGAAGUAAUUCUAAUUGAAGCUGAAUUUUCAGGCUCUUGCGACUAUUUUCCAACAUCACCAAAAAUAAAAUGCGCUGAUCGGAGGAACGUCGCGAUUGUCAAUGUAGGCUACUAUAAUUUUUAUAUACUAGGAUAUUAGACAGGAACUAUAUCAGGAUAAACUAUUUUUGUUUUAAAUUAAAAUGUUAACAUUUCUUCCUCACACCUGCAUGGUUAUUAAGACAGGAAAAAGGCACGUGAACAAGAGAAAAAAAUACAAGAUCAAAGUACAGAGGGUUUUUUUUAAUCACUAUCACGAAAAAAUAUACUGAAAAGUUAAUUUUUCAGACAGUGAAUAUUAUUGAUAAGCUACUGGCUAUCACAACGAUCAUCUUGAACUACUUUAUAUACCGGAAAAUUCAUCAACUAGCAAAAAUGGUCUCGCAAAACCACUACAAACCGGAAAAAAGAGUUAUGCAACAAGCGCUUCCCUUUACUGUUACAAAAUUGGUACAUAUAGUGGACUUUUGAACCUAGAAACUUAUAAUUCUUCUUCAGAUCCUUUUUCUUUUGGUAUUGCCUCCUUGGUUGCUGAGCUCAACUCUCCGAGAAGAACUACCUUUGGUCAACGCUUUCUAUGCCCUCGACUAUUGCCUCAUUCCUACAGUGAUCCCUUUAUCCUUCCUUUCAAGUUUUUAUAGACAGUUCAAGAGCCGCCAAAACAGCUCUGUCCAGCAGCAGAGCACCGAUGCAUUUCAAAGCUGAAAUCCUUGAUUUUUAUCUUUAUGAUUUUUGACAUAUUUGCAGAAAAAAAAAAUUCAAACAAAAUAGUUACUCCACGCUCUCUAAUAUCUAAUUCAUGCUCCCAAAAAUACUUGUGUGAAGAGAGAAAAAACGUAGAGAGGUCAGACUUUCUUUCAAAUCGUGGCGGAUAUAAUAAAAAGAAAGUAUUCUGUUUAUAACUGCGCACUGAAAUUUGUAAGGGAGCUUAAUCAAAAAUCUUCGGUAACUUGUCAGAAAAGUACCUUUCAAUUUGUCUCUUUUUUUUGCUGACCGCAAAAUAUAUAUUUUUUAACCCACGCAUAUCAACAAUGAACUUUAAAACUGUCUGAUAAGGAAUGGAAAAAAAUUCAUUUAUUUUUGGAAAGGUGCAAGAUUUUUUCUGACAGUUUCUCGACAGAUGUUUUCUCAGUACGAGUUAGUUUCCUGUUUCCUGCAGCGGAAUGGAUUUCAUCCAGGCUCCUGUGAACUUUUUUACGGGCCUAAGUGCCUCUGUGACAUAUUUCCGUUUCCUAUUGGUCAGUUGCUCAUCCGUCUUGUUCUUGACGAUUUUGAUUCUGAUGCCGCCGUAUCUUUUCUUCUAUUUCAGGAAUCUCGACCGAAAAGAAAAGGUUUGAAACCGGGGGCGCUCCGGACGUUUCUGAACAAUUCUAGGGAUCACUUAAGAGUGCGGACCGCGCUAGCGGUCACUAGAAAUGAUCAAAAACGUCCGGGGCUCGUCCGAGAUUAUGAGUGGAACUAAUUUUAAUUCCAGCAAAUCUACGAUUUUUUAAUACACAACCUCACGUUUUUAACUACAGUCACGCAGUUUGGAUUCAUUCUGAUUAUUAUUUUCUUGGUUCUGGGUCUCACAGUGAAAAGGGACAGUGAUCAGGAAUGGUACGAUAGUGAGGAAAUUUCGAAAUCGCCCUUUUUUAUUCCAGGGAGAUGAUUUUCGACGUGGUAUUCCUUCUAGCCAUAUACUUUUAUCACUUCUUGACUAUUCCGUUUAUCCCUCUGAAUAUCAAUAUUUUGUUGACGAUCCUGACUUUGCAAAGAUAUUUCGUAGUUUGUUUGAAUCCCGCUUAUCAAAAAUAUGUGAAAGGGUGAGAAAAUCUAGAAAAAAUUGAAAACUAACGCUGAGAUUCAGAGAUUUUCUCAACUGUUACGUAAGAGCGACAUGGGUUCUUUGCUUCAUUCAUUUUGGGUUUCUUUCUUGUAUGCUUCUUAUGAAAAAUCAUUCUGAAAUCCAAAUCUUUCAGGGUCUUGUAAUUACCUACCACUAACGCCAAUUGUGGAUUGCGAGCUUCCGAGAAACACCGCGAUUGUUUAUGUUAGCUUCGAAUCGAAACUAAAUUUUUCCUAACACAAUGACCGCUUUUCGAUUGGCUCUGCUCAUCAAAGCAGUUGUUUCAAAGAGCGCCAAGCCAGAAAAGGCUCAGAUCAAGACGAACUUUUGAAUCAAUUUGCUCAAUUUCAAGUCAAUCGCAACUUUGAUUCGAGGUUGAACACUACGCUUAGAUCCAUUCCAAAUGAGGUCACGGUGCCGAUACAGUAAACUUUUUUUGCAACUAUUCACGCCAUUUUGAGAAAUAUCUCUUCUUGCUUUCAUUUUUGGAUUCAGGUGGUGGCUAUUACCAAUAAACUAUUUUCCCUGACGAGUGUAAUUUUAUACUACUUUAUCUAUCGGAAGAUCCUCAAUUUAUCAAACAUGGUUUCAAAAAACCAGUAUCGUCCAGAAAGAAGAGUCAUGCAACAAGCUCUGCCGUUCACCGUUGCCAAAAUUGUAAGUCGAAAAUAAUCUUGAAAGUGAAAAUAAGCCUCUUAUCCAGGUACUUCUCGUUUUGAUUUUGCCUCCCUGGCUUCUGAUCCCGGAGGUCGGCCUGAUUCCUCUCGUCUACGCCUUCUAUGCCCUCGACUACUGCCUCAUCCCUACAGUGAUCCCUCUAUCAUUUCUUUCGAGUUUCUACAGACAGUACAAAAGCAAUCACCCUAAUGUUGUUCAUCAGGAGAGGACUAAUGCGAUCCGAAGCUAA